CCCUGUAUCAUAUAUUUCGGACGAUUUAGCUGACGAGCUCCAUUUGAUGUAUUAAGAAAACUGUAAGAAAUAAAGACAAAUUUUAAGCUAUGAAAGGUUUAUAUAUUCUUAACUUCAUUUUCCUUGUCAGCAUUUUAACUGUCAGGACGGUUGAUACAAAACUUGGAAAAAUUGGAAAUGUUUUGUCGACAGUAACAGACGUGAUUUCUUUCGGAUUGGAUUUGUAUUCGUUUUUCGACUCUUUAUUUGAAGAAAGUGAAGAAUCAAUUGAUUAUGACAGAAUAAUAGAUAGUAUCUCAGAGAGAAUAGAAAUAUCAACGGAAAAAAUUAUUGAUAAAAUUGAAUUGCAGUCAUAUAUUGCAGAACUGCGUGAUAUUGCUUUAAUCAUUAAACAGUUGCUGUCAGAAGUUAUGAAUAUUUUGCAAAAAUCAGGCCAUGAUCAAGCAAAUGAAUAUCGGAAACGAUUUGUAGAUGACUUCAAGAACAACAGAGUCAAAAUCUACAAAAUUAAAAGUUUGUUAACAUUCACAGUAAGCUUUGGUGGGAGUUCUAAUUCAUUGCUAAGUGUCAUUGUGAAACAAUACGAUUGUAGUAUACCGAAGUUUUGGGAGUUCAAAACCUAUUAUAUGACUUUGGUAUCAGAUGCUGUUGCAAUGGAUCUUUUAUACGAAAAGUUCUCAUACAGCAAUCUUGACUAUGAGACUAUGACAUCAUGGCACCAAACUAUUGAUGGUCUUUUCAGAGACUUUAAGGAACAGGAAGAUGCGUGUGUGAAAGUGUCACUCGCGCAAGCGAAGACAGAUUUUGAAAACACGGCAAAAGCAGAAGAACUUUAUGAAAGUAAUCAUCGUAAAUAUCCCCAUCUGAUUUCUGACAUUCUUCAUUUAGGCGGAAGUUACUGUGCUCUUGUUCUUAAAGGAUAUGAUGAACUUUUCAAAAAGUCAAAUGGCAAUACAAGAACAUUUCAAUUUAUAAGUAGCGAAGAAAAUUAUAUCAACUAUAACCAAGAGCAACUACAGAGGGUAGCAUCGACGGUGCAGUUUGACAACUGUAAGAGUAUUCUUGAGAAUAUCUGGAUAAUCUUUGACGCUUCAAAACUCGAUCUCGUUCUUUGGGUGAUGUACCCUACAAGUCCUGCAGCAUAUACAGACAUAUUACUCGACAAAAAUUCAAGUGCACACGUGAUAACCAGCAGAUCACAUAAGAUCGUGACCUAUUUACGGGAUCAAGAUGAUACCAAGGAGACCGUGUUAACACAAAACGACUUUGAUGAAUAUUUCUAUAUCGGAUCUGGCACGGACAAGUUAGAUGGAAUGAAAGUCUGGGGACCAGGCCUUAUCAUUACUAGUUCAAUCGCUAUAAUAGCCAUUUUAUGCUGAUCAUUUUAUUUUAACGUAUACAUUUAUAUACAAACUAUGUUCAAUGUCUACGUCAAUAAAUGCAUUUAUAAAAUUUGUUCCAAGUUUGCAGUGUGCAGACAAGACUACUGGUAGAGAUAUAUUGAAGUUAGAUUGCAAAAUGAAACAAUCAGAAAAUAAUUUGUCAGUUUUGAUGUGAUAUCUCUGGAUUUAUUUUAACCUAUGUAUACGUAAAAUUCUAGCAUACCUCGUGAUUUUAUUACUAUACACAUAAAAGCUGCGUUUACACUGGUUAGGAACUUAGAUGUUAUUACAUAUCCGGCUGUCCUUUAUUCGUUUAUGUUCUCAAUUCAAUAAGAUUUGAUAGAUAAAGCCUUUUAGGACAACAAUUAUAACGUAUUUUAUUGAUAUUUUCUGUUCUUAUAAAAUGUUGUUUUUUUUCAUAUGAUGCUUAAUUAACAUCUCGCAUGCACUAACGCCUUAUUUAUGUUAGA